CACAGGAUGAGGUUCUCAAUACAACCGUUUUUCAACUCCGCAUUCCACUCUAUGGUCACGAAGCGAGUAUACACCCCCAAGUCCAAGCUUGCAGGUUUAUGACCUUAGAGAUGGCAGUUUUUCCAAAUAAGGUUUCCCUUUCACUCGAGUGGAUGAUACCGUUUUCAAAGUAUGCUGAAUAAUGGAUAUUUUGCUGAAAGAUUAUAUCUCGCGUUCGCGUUCUCAGAAAGCGUUUCACGACAAGUCUGGAAGCACGCAGAGAAAGCUACUUGCUAAUUCCCGGCAUAACAAAUUUUGUCAGAGUAGAAAAGAGAGGAUGCAAGAAACCGCUAGAUUUGUGUAUACAGGACGGCUGCCUGCUGUACACAAUGGUUGUGUUCAACGACAAUGUCAACUUCGAGCAUACAACCAUCCAUCAUCACCAGGCCCAUCGACGGAAAUUUAUGGUCGUCGGAAGGGAUUACAGGGCCUGCCUGUAUGCUCUGGUGUUGUCUUCAGUGGUGCGGUGUUCCACGAGGGCCCCGAGCGGAUGUCAUUAUCUUUAUCAGCACAUGCGGAUUCCAACGCAACGACGACUUACUCAAACCUGCCGUGCCGGUGCAAUUUCUUUGAUGCAGCUUGCUCGAAGUCUGGCAAAGACACAAGAGCUACGAUAGUGACGCAGGAAGACUCGGUCGCCAUGAAGAGUUUCUUCACGACCUGGUUUCGACCAUGGUUUCAGCUUCGGGACCCUGACAGCUGCUGACAAUACACUCUUCGGUUCGGAGCAACCAUUAGGUUUGGGCGUUACAAGUUCGCUAUUAAGUUAACACGUUAGCGGCGGCGGCUUCAACGUCUUUGAAACGUCACUUUCGUGGCUGGUUGCGAAGAGAGUUUUGCAAAGCAAGCAUGGCAACCAGGGCGAUAGGACUAAGAGCUGCCAAA